GAAGAAAUGCUUACCCAGUCUAUUCCAAAGGUGGGCGUUUCCAAUGUUUACAUGUCAGAACAUGAUAGGUACUGGACCACAGGUGAUAUAUAUACACCGUUUGUGGUCAUUUUUGGAUCAGACAGAUAGUGAACACAACCCUGAACAGAAAUCAUGUCAGACAAGAAGAAGUGUCAGUACUUUGAGAAGUGUUAUAGGAAAGACAAGAAUCACCUGGCGGAGUAUCUGCAUCCACGGGACCUAAAAGCUGCAGCAGCCGACAAGACAGAUGUGAAGCCGGCGAUGCGUAAAGAGAAAACCGUGGAGCUGAAAGAUGAGGAGGUCCCGGUAAAAACUAGCCUACGCAAGCGCAAAACACAUGAGAUGAGUGUGUAUGAUGAUGACACUCCUGCGGAACCCCCAGCGAAACGAGUUAAAAGAGAAAAAUCUAAAACCUCAGCUGACAAAGAGCCUGCUAAAGAAGACACAGCAAAAUCCCCAACCCCUGCUUCUGAGCCCUCUCCCUCCACCAGUAAAUCUCCAAGCCCAGGUGCGGGGAAACGGAUGCGAUGCAAGUACUGGGACAAAUGUUACCGCAAGGACAAAGGUCACAAGGCCCUGUAUGUCCAUCCAGGGGACCCUGAUGAAAAACAGGCAGAAAAGUUUAAAGAGGGAGUGGCAGGAAGAACGAGGACGGCCGCGAGACCCAAGCCUUUACAUCACAUGGACAGUAUAGACUCUGUGUUAUCUGGAGGCAUGACUCUCAAACGCACAGGCAGUGUGUAUGCAUGCACAUGUGAAGAGUACAAAGGAUCCGAAAACUUUGGUAAGGCUGAGAACAUGAAGACUUGUAGCCACUUGGUGAAGUACCUGGGCGAGGACUUCGAGCGCGUGCGGUGUGAACUGCCGGAGAAAGGAAAGAAGGCACAUAUACCACAGCAUGUCAAGAUCAGCGUCCUCCUCGCACACAAAUACAAGGAUGGGGAAACAAACCCAACAAACUGGUGGAUGAGCGAGAAGCUGGAUGGAGUGCGAGCGUACUGGAAUGGCAGAUGCUUCUACUCUCGCCUCGGCAACGCAUUCUACGCACCCUCAUGGUUCACCAAGGACCUACCUAAGGACAUGCAUUUAGACGGAGAACUGUUCGGGGGUCGCAAGAAGUUCCAAUCCACUGUCAGCAUCGUGAAAACUCCAGAACACCCCAAAUGGAACACCAUCAAAUACUGUGUUUUUGACGCCCCACAUCUGGAAAAGGAGCCAUUUGAAAAAAGAAUGAAAGCUAUUCAAGACCAGUUUGAGAAAGUCAAGCCAGCGUAUGCAAAGUUUGUUGAUCACGAGAAGUGUAGAGGGACAGAUCAUGUUGACAAAGAGCUGGCCAGGAUAAUCGCCCUGGGAGGAGAGGGGCUGAUGAUCCGAAAGCCUGGGUCAAAAUAUGAACGGACCAGGUCCACUACACUGCUCAAGAUUAAGAAGUUCCAUGAUGCUGAGGCUAUAGUGAUAGGGUAUGAGCCCAGCAAGUCCAACCCUGGUCUCACCGGGGCUCUCUGGGUAAAGAUGGCCUGUGGCAAGAAAUUCAAGGUCGGAUCUGGAUUGUCAAACAAGGAUCGCAGGAGUCCCCCAAAGAAGGGUACAAUUAUAACGUACAAGUUUCAAGAAUUGACCAAUUCCGGCAGUCCAAGAUUCCCGUCCUAUGUGGGAAUCAGAAUAGACAUGACAGAACCAAAAGACGCGGAGGGCGUUGUCAUGGUGGGCAAUGAUGACGAGUGAACCUAACUGACACACAGUCGUACCACACAAGUGGUCAAAUAUUUGCACAAAAAAUGUGCUAAGACUAGCCAAAGGUUUGAAGGGACACUGUAUUAUUUGUGACUUAUAUCUGACUAUGUAAUUAAUAAGGCCAAGGUAGCAAUGAGGUACUGUGAAACUAUAGCUUUUUUGUGCCUUGCCUGUGAUAAUUUUUAUGGCAGCAAAAGUACUUUCUUAGGGAUCGUUGUUUAUAUUUACAUAUCAUGAUGACUCAUCAUCAUAACAACUUAUAAGUGAGCAAAAACCUUUGGGAAUUGCGAUUAGUUGUCAUGAUAAUGUAGCUUUUUAUGGAAAUAAUUAGUGUUGUGUAGAAUAAUUGUGAUACUGAGACUGUGUUAAGUAGAUCCUCUUAGCAUAUGAGAUGGCUAAAGGGCCAUUUAGAUUUUAAUAGGAUGACAGAUGUAGCGACUGAGUGUGUUUUAACUAGUGUCUGUCAGGUUAGGCGCCUAUUUCUAAAGAUCUGAAUGUGACAAGCAAGGCUGCUGUAGUAAUUGAUGACAUUUCUGACCUACAUGUACAUGUACUAAGAAAGAGAAUGGCUUAUUUGUGUUUUCUAACUGAUGUGCAAUAGAUUCUAACAUUUGUGUGAUUUUAUACAAUAUUUACUCAUGUCUUUUUCUCAAAUUAUCCUUCUUUUCUGUGAUACAUUUUAAUUUUGUAAUGCUUUUUAUUUAUUCUUUUAACUCAAUAAGCUGUUGAUAAAAAGUAUACAUUAUAAGCUUGUAUUGCCCGAUAUUUAAUAUUUUGAGUUUUAUCAACCUUUCUAUUUAUAAUUAAUAUCUACUUAUAUCGACAAACUAUUUAUUUCUUUUACAUAUACAUGUUAAGGUUGUUUGGUAUCUUAAUUUAUAUUUACUUACAUCUUUUAUUUAUGAAAUUACUAAUGAGUAUGUCAUUACGUACUUUUUUGUAUGAAUAGAUGUUUUGUUUUUGUAUUUUUAUCAUGAAUGAGAUAUUAUUGACUCUUAUUUUGACAGGUACUGUAAAACAGUACUGGAAUAAAACAAAUUGAUCUCAACA